AUGGGUGACAGCCUCUCCAGCCUCGAGGAGCAGGCACGCUCCAUCGAGAGGACAAUCCCGUCCAAAUCCACCGGCAAGGCCGUACUGGCUGCCACCGUCAAGACGGCUGAGCUGUACCUCCAGGCUCUUCGCCUCGCUGACAAACCGUCUGACCGGCAGAGGUUCGACGCCAGGUUCAACGAGCUCCUAGCCCGGGCCGAGCGGCUCAAGGCAGCCCAGGAUGAACAACAGCACAGACCGGGCCCGGCGGGAGGGUCAAGAGAGCUGCUCAACCCACCGAUCUCGAAACGUGAGCUCACCACGAGAGAGAAAAUCAUCCUCCUGGAGAGCGGAAAAUUGAAUGGGUUCAAGUUCAACCCUUGGACAGCUCCACCGUCCGCGGACGAAUUUGCACUUCGUGAGGGUGGCCCUCUCUUCACAGACUCGGGUUCCCUGCCGCUGUCUCCGGGCCAGCUGGAAUCAUUUGAUGGUUGGAAACGACCGCAGCAAGCACUUCCAUCGGUGCACAGCGAGCCCAAUGGUCACAAUGGCGCUCACGGGGCCGUCAUGUAUUUGCCUGAGCCUAUGGACCUGGUGCAGGAUAUGACAUCGGACUGCUCGGUGGUUGCAAGCCUCUGUGCUCUGACUUCGAGGGUCGAGCGUGGCUUUCCAAAGAUCCUGCGCACUGUAGUACAUCCUUUCGACUACGAGACCGAUCGCAUGAUACUGUCACCUAACGGAAAAUAUAUUCUCAAGUUAUAUUUCAAUGGUUGCUGGAGAAGGGUGGAGAUUGACGACUAUCUGCCGUCCUCCAAGACCAGCCGAGUCCUGCAUGUGAUUGACCGCCGACAUCCCCGAUUGCUAUGGCCGGCCCUGGUUGAGAAAGCGUAUCUGAAGGUCCGUGGUGGCUACGACUUUCCCGGGAGCAACUCUGGUACGGAUCUGGCCGUGCUGACCGGGUGGAUUCCCCAACAAAUCUUUCUUCACGAUGAAGAAGUUGAGCCAGAUCACUUGUGGGAAGAGAUUAUUGCCCAAUUUCGAAGAGGAAAUGUUCUCGUCACUAUUGGAACCGGCAAAUUACCCCGUCGUGAGCAGAGGCACCUCGGUCUGGCAGCCGAACACGACUACGCGGUCCUCGACAUAUCUACUGAUGGUCAUGCCAAAGAGAUGCUGGUCAAAAACCCCUGGGCGGAUGGGGAUGUGUGGCGGGGGGCAGCUAGACGCCGCCCGAACCGGAACGACGAAGGAUCCUCGGUCACGACGCCCGAGAACGACGAGAUGAUGCCAGGCACAUUUUGGGUGGACUUCAACAGCGUCUUUCAAUACUUUGAGAAUAUGUAUCUCAACUGGAACCCUGGUCUGUUUUCGCACCGGGAAGACCUCCACUUCUCAUGGGACCAGGCCAAUGCCACUUCAAGUGCCAACUUGAUUGUCGACAAUCCCCAGUUCUCAGUGGCAGCUUCCGACACGGGUGAAGUGUGGCUGCUACUACAGCGACAUUUCCGCACCGGGGACUACACACAGGAGACAACAAAAGAAAAUGGAUAUAUCGCCCUCUACUUAUAUGCCCGUGACGGCAACAGGGUCAUCUCGAGUGAAGGUGCAAAGAUACGAGGGCCAUUUGUGGACUCUCCCAACACCCUGUUGAGGUUCCAAGCUACGGCGCGAUCGUCCUACACUGCAGUUUUGAUAUCACAAGAUCUACCUCGGGGGAAAAUGAACUUUACAAUUUCGGCUUUGUCCAAAGCUCCGGUCGCACUAUCAGAAGCACGGCUGCCAUAUCCCCAGAAGGCCAGCCUCAGCUCCGCCUGGACUAGGUCGAACGCUGGAGGAAACUCGGACUCAGCAAAUUACUUGUCCAAUCCCCAGUUCCGAAUGUCCCUGUCGUCUGCGCAGAGGAUUGCACUAGUUCUGAGACUGGUCGAAUCGGGCAAGCCUGCCACUGCAGCAGAUCCCGACAUCAAUGUCAAAAUCUUGGUCCUAUUCAGCAACGGGUCAAGGAUUACCCGACUGCGCCCACGGGAUGUCUUCGCCCAUUCGGGAGACUAUCGACGAGGGAGUGCUGUUGUCGAAACCCAGCUAGAACCCGGCAACUAUACAGUCAUCUGCUCUACAUUCGACCAAGGCGAGUGCUCAGAUUUCUGCCUCGACCUGUACUCCUCUGCCGGUGGGACAACUUUGAAUCAGCUGCCAGCGGAAGGGGCGGGCAGAUUGAGCAUCAAAAGUACCCCAGCCGUGUUUCCGGGUGGCACAAAUCGCCUCCUCGCGCCUCUUGCGAUCUCGAGGCUGUCUCGAAUCUCAUUCGUCGCGCGAUACGAAACCGUUACCACUGCGCAAGCGAAUUCCUCCCUCUUCAAGAUGACCCUUGAGCGAGGUCAAGGGCCAUACAAGCAGAUUCUCGCCACCAGCCAGAUGGACCACGAAGAGUUUAGCAGUGUCUCGUCGGGUCUCCGGAUUGUUGACAUAGACCUGCAGCCCUCGCUGAGCGCGCCUGGCACCAGUGGUCUGUGGCUGGUUCUGGAGCGGUUGGCGCAGGGUAGCCCGGGCAGUGGGGGGGCCGGGAUCGAGGGGCAGAACGAUGAGAUUUUACAAGUAGAGAUGUUCACAGACGAGAGAGUCGAGUUGGGCGCUUGGGGCUUGGGGGACGGUUAA